AUGGAAAUGAUGCGUUUUAUUGAAUAUUUUUAUCCAAAUACUCGAAUCAAAACUUUCUUUGAGUCUUGUGGUAUUGCCGAUUUGGUGACUACGUGCUAUGGAGGAAGGAACCGAAAAGUUUGCGAAGCUUUUGCGAAAACUAAACGAAGUGGGGCCUUAAGUUGUGUAUUUUUCUGGACCUUGAUUUUUCCUAUAUUCAGCAAAAAUCGAGAUUUAUAUGGAGGCCAUAUUAGGGACCUUAUGGUCUUCUUAUUAGACCUACACACACACAAAAAUAGGAACAAUCAUGGAGGGAAAAGGGAGAGGAAGGUGAUGAAUACUGGAGAAUGGGGAACAGGAAAACCAUUGUACGAGUUGGAAGCUGAACUUCUCAAAGGACAAAGCGCUCAAGGCCCGUUGACUGCUGCGGAGCUUUAUGAUGUUAUCAAGACACGGGAUUUGCUUAAAAUGUUCCCAUUAUUCGAAGCUGUUCACAAUAUUUGUAUUGGACAAGUGCCUGUUGAGGAAUUUAUUGGAAAAAUUCGAAAUCAUCCGGAAUAUGAAGACCGUUCUAAUGCUGAAUUUCAUUAG